AUGAGUCGGUGAAAGAGUGGAUCGAACACAAAAUAACGUUUUAUUCACCGAUCGCCUCUGGUUUUAUCAAUUUUAUAAGUUUGCUUCAGCUUAAUUAUUGGCUUUUGCAGGUAACAGUCGGAUCUCUACAGCUUUUUCGAUCAAGAAGUUCUGCAAAUGGAUGCUACAGAAGUUCAAGUUCGUUCCCCAUUAUCAACUCAAGAUCAAAAUAUAAUGGCCAACAAACAAAUUGGCAAACCUCAAUUUGUCAGCAAACUGAGGCCACCCUCAGCUGUCAAGAGGCCUCGUGAACAAGCUUUCACCAAAGGAGCACCACCAAGCUUUGAGUUAGCACCAAAGAUGAAAAAAUCUUCAUCUCAAACCUCUUUAAAGUCUGCGCCACAGGACAAAACAGUAACAACAAAAUCUGCAGUUUCGUCAACUUUAAGGAGACAAACCUCAGCAAACACUGUAAAACGAGGAACUUCCACUCAGGCACGAGCAGCAGCUGGGAAUCUUUCUGCUGUUACCAAGAGACAAACAAUAGCUACAGCAGCUGCUACCUCUAAACCACCUGCAAAUGUAAAUAAAAGUGCCAGUUCAAAGGGUCCUGCCUUAGAUUCUUUGUUGGGAGCUAAAGGAAAGAAAAGGGCUGCAUGGGACUACAAAGGAAGACUGGAAGAUAUGGAAGGGUUGAUGGCCAAAUCCAAAUCCUUCAUGGAAAACAUGACAAAGACAAUUGGGGAUAAUCAGGAUAGGAUAGGUUUUCUGGAAUCUUUAAACAAACAUCUAGAGGGUACUGUGCAAGUUAAACACCAACAAACUGAAGAGGCCUCAGCCAAGAUACAGGAUCUUCAGAUAAAGCUAACGAGUGCUGACGAAGAGGUAAGGUCUCUUCAACUGAAGCACGAGUUUGAGAUAGAAGUGGAGAAAAAUGCCAAGAAAUGCCUACAGCGGGAGAAAGACGGUCUAGAAAAUGAUCUUCACAUUUCCAAGCAAGAGAUUAUGGCUUUAAAAUCGACUGUAGCUAAAAUGACAGCUGAUUCACUCGGAAUAAGCACAGAACUGCAGGCUACCAAGGUUAAUCUCGAAAAAACGAUCGCCGAUAGCCAACAGAAAAGCGACAACAUCGCAAAACUCGAAGACACCAUACGUGGACUUCAAGGCAACGUGGCGGCUCUGGAAUCGAAACUGCGCUCUGAGGAAACGAUCCGGCGCGAACUUCACAACACCAUCCAGGAACUGAAAGGUAAUAUACGGGUAUUCUGUCGGGUGCGGCCCAUGCUGGCAUCAGAAGAGAGUCAGCGGUCGUGUGCGUUUUCAUUUGGGCAAGACGAGAGGGAACUGAUGGUGGAAUCCACGUCGCUGAAUGAGAGUAUUUGCGGAAAUAAGAAGGCCGCACCCAAACAUGAAUUCAUGUUCGACAAAGUGUUUAAGCCUUCUUCAAACCAAGAGGAUGUCUUUGGUGAAAUCUCGCAGUUGAUUCAGUCAGCCCUGGACGGUUACAAUGUGUGUAUAUUUGCUUAUGGACAAACGGGCUCAGGAAAAACUUUUACCAUGGAGGGAAACCACGGAGAUCAUGAGUCAAAGGGAAUGAUCCCACGAGCCUUGGAACAAGUGUUCCGGACAAGCCAAGACCUCAGAGAAAAAGGGUGGCAGUACACGAUUGAAGCUAGCUUCCUGGAAAUUUAUAACGAGACUAUCAGGGAUCUGCUGGGCUCCGGUGAUUCUAACACCAAGCAUGAGAUCAAAUUGGUAAAUCCCAGUAACACCGGAGGGGCAUGUGAGGUUACCGUCACAAACGUUAAGACCGUGACUGUCACGUCACAAACACAGGUGUACAGUCUUUUGGAAAAAGCGACUCAAAACAGAGCUGUAGCCGCCACCCAGUGCAAUGAACGAUCAUCCCGGAGCCAUAGCGUUUUUCGACUGAAACUUGUCGGCGAAAAUCAACUCACCGGUGAAAAAUGCCAAGGGACUCUGAACCUUAUUGACUUGGCAGGAUCUGAGCGCUUGAGUCAGUCCUGCUCCACUGGAGAACGUCUACGUGAAACAAAGAACAUCAACAAAAGUUUGAGCAACUUGGGAAAUGUGAUCAUGGCUCUUGCCAAUAAAGAGCAACACAUUCCAUACAGGAACUCCAAACUGACCUUCCUAUUACAAAACUCCCUUGGUGGAAACAGCAAAAGUUUAAUGUUCGUAAACAUUUCACCGAAGGAGGAAUCACUGCAAGAGACUCUUUGCUCUCUUCGGUUUGCUACCAAGGUAAACCAAUGUAAUAUCGGAACUGCACAGAAGAAGGUUCUCAAGUAACGCUGACCAAGAGGGAGAAAACACGUCCUUCCUCAAGUAACUCUAUCCUGUUUUAAAAAAAAAAAACAGUACAAUCAUUUUAAACUUUUCAAAUAAGAGAUUUCAAAGAAUUUCUGACAUGCAUUUUAGUUUUCAAGCAGAUAAGAUGUACUUUUUAUUUGUAAAUUCAUCGAUGAAAGUCCUAGUUUAAACUUGCUCAGGAGGCGGUGUUUUACCGUGACCACCUCCUGUAGCCAUCGAUGUUAUUGUUAAGUCUCCUGGACAUCGGAAUGUGGCUUCAUAUGCAAGUAAUUUACCCUGGUUUUGAAUUCUACGAAGCUUAACGAACAGCAAUGCAAAGUUUACCCCUGGAGAAUGAUGUAAGCUAAAUAUGUAUAUAAUAAACAAUGUAAAUGAUGA